AGGCAAACAAUAAACUAACCGGUGUGACGUAGGCCGAUAUAGUAUAUAAAGGUUUCGUCAGGUGCAAGACUAGUGAGAAUACCCUUGGUAGCAGAAGCCUGAGCAUUCACUCUCAUCCUCUUGAAAGCUAAAACAGAAUAAUCUUAACUUUCCAAAAUGUGCGACGACGAAGUCGCAGCCCUGGUCGUGGACAACGGAUCCGGAAUGUGCAAAGCUGGGUUCGCCGGGGACGACGCCCCCCGGGCUGUCUUUCCCUCCAUCGUCGGAAGACCUCGCCAUCAGGGCGUGAUGGUAGGAAUGGGUCAGAAGGACUCCUACGUGGGCGACGAAGCCCAGAGCAAGAGAGGAAUCCUCACCCUCAAAUACCCCAUCGAGCAUGGCAUCGUCUCCAACUGGGACGACAUGGAGAAGAUCUGGCAUCACACCUUCUACAACGAACUCCGUGUUGCCCCAGAGGAACAUCCAGUGCUCCUCACAGAGGCUCCCCUGAACCCUAAGGCCAACCGUGAAAAGAUGACGCAAAUCAUGUUUGAGACCUUCAACACACCUGCCAUGUACGUCUCCAUCCAGGCCGUACUCUCUCUGUACGCCUCUGGUCGUACCACAGGUAUCGUCAUGGACUCAGGUGAUGGUGUAUCCCACACUGUCCCAAUCUACGAAGGGUAUGCCUUACCUCACGCCAUCCUUCGUCUUGACCUGGCUGGUCGUGACCUCACGGACUACCUCAUGAAGAUCUUGACGGAGCGAGGUUACACCUUCACCACAACUGCCGAGAGAGAAAUCGUGAGAGACAUUAAGGAAAAACUCUGUUAUGUUACCCUCGACUUUGACGAGGAAAUGGCCACAGCUGCACAGUCGUCCUCCCUUGAAAAAUCCUAUGAGCUUCCUGACGGCCAGGUCAUUACUGUUGGAAACGAGAGGUUCCGUUGCCCCGAGGCACUAUUCCAGCCAGCUUUCUUAGGAAUGGAAAAUAGUGGAAUUCAUGAGACAACCUACACCUCCAUCAUGAAGUGUGACGUCGACAUCAGAAAAGACCUCUAUUCGAACACCGUCCUGUCUGGGGGCACCACCAUGUACCCAGGCAUCGCCGACAGGAUGCAGAAGGAGAUGACGUCCUUGGCUCCCUCUACGAUGAAGAUCAAGAUCAUCGCUCCACCCGAGAGGAAAUACUCCGUCUGGAUUGGAGGCUCCAUCUUGGCCUCUCUCUCCACCUUCCAGCAGAUGUGGAUCAGCAAACAGGAGUACGACGAGGCUGGUCCUUCGAUCGUCCACAGGAAGUGUUUCUAAGUAAACCAGAUUAACCUCUACAAUUACAAUCUGUGUAAUUUACUGAGAAAGAUUUUAAGUGAUGCAUGAACACAAAGAUCUACCCUAGGCCAACUUCUUAGACUCAAGUAAAGCAUUAAGUGAACUUUAAGCCAAUUUGGCUACUG